AGCAGCAGAGGCAGGAGCUGAAGGCAGAAGGCAGCAGGCAGGCAGGCAGCUGGCGGGGGGCAAGGCAGGGCUUCAAGCUUCAUUCAACAACCAACAAACAGCAGCAACUACAACAACAGCCACAUCAACAACAACAACAACAGUAGCAGCAGUUACAACAACAAAUAACUCAAAACAAAAAAAAAAUAUUUCAAAAUAUUCAACAAUGAAAAAAAUCUUGAAAUCAGAAUAAAAAUUGUAUGCGCAUAUGGAAUGCACAUACGAGGCAAAAUACGGCCUUAUAGAAAUACAUAUACUAUAUACAUCGUACAUAUAUAGUAUAUAUAUAUAUAUAUAUGUAUAUAUAUAUAUUUGCCUAUGUUAUACACACACAAAUCUAUAUAGAAAAUCUAAGUGCAAACCAAUUGUGAUUUAAGCUAAUGACAGCAACUAAAUAAAUAGCUAAAAACAACAACAGCAGCAGCAGCAACAACAACAGCAACAAAUACCAACAAACAACAACCAACAACCAAAAAGAGUGUUUAAAAAUGACAUAAACAACAGCAAAAUAUACCACAAAUAUCGAAACCCCCAAGUCAUAAAAAGGCCUUGUAAAUAGCAAACAAAAAACAAACGAAAUCCAACUGAAAUUUCUUAUAUACAGCAUUGCUUUUACUACAAUUAAAUUCCAAACUCAACAAAAUAUAUAACAAGUGUCUCGAACAAAAAAAAAACAAGCAACAACUUUUCUAAUUUAUAAAAAAAAAACAAAACCGAAACAAAAAUCUUUAAAAAAACAAACAACGAAUGAACAGACAACGCCGUUUACACAACUCUAAAAACCAAAAACAAAAAACAACUUGAUAGAGAAAUGCAUUGCUAAAAAACUAGAAAUUUACAAAUCCCUGUGUACCGAGGAGGAGUGGAGUGUUGGCGCCUGUAAUUUGGAAAGCAAAAAUGACGCAGCCACGCACAAGGCAACAUCCACAGCGGCAACAACAACAACAACAGCAGCAACAGCAGCAACAACAGCAACAAAAUAUACAACAACAUAAACAAGAACAAAAACUGCAAUUAGAGGCAACAGCUACAAAGGGCCGGCAACGAUAUAGAGCGGCAGUAGAGGCAGUCGAAGUGGCAGCUGUAGAGGAAAAAUGAGGCAAAAACCAGAAGACGAAGAAGAAGAAACGAAGAAUUUUCCACACAAAUUUGCAUUCAACCAAAGAAAUACAAAAGUCUAAAAACAAAGGAGGAAAAAGGAAGCCAAACACACACAAAGAAGGAAGUUGUGCGCCAUCCAUCCGCAAAAUAAAACAAAAACCAAAAACAAAAAACGGGUCAGAGGGCAUGGCACACAUACACAAACACGCACACACACAAGAGACACACCACACACACACACACACACAGAGACACAGACACAGAGACAGAGAAACGAGUGCAUUGUGAACAAAAAUUUUUCAACGAAUUUCCAAAUAUCUACAAAAAAAAUCUAACAACAACAAAAACAAAAAACAAAAACCAAACAAAAAAAAGAAAGAACAAAAGACCAUAAGAAAUUUUGAAAUUUGCUCUGUGAUUUUCUAUCAGAAUGGUUUAACAAAUAAUCCACAUAUUAAAUUUAAAUAAUAAUAUUUAAAUAUUUAUAAAUACAUAUUGCUAAAGUGCAUUCCAAAAAAAAGAAAACAAGCUUUAAAUCCAACUAAAAAAAUUUCUAUAAAUAUUUAACAAGAAGAAAAGUUUAUUGAUACUAAAGCUAAUUAGUGCAACUAAAGUUAGUUUAAAACGGCGCAACUGUGAGACGUGGAAGAGACCAUCAACAGACCCACCCAUAGACCAGCCAAUCAGCCAAUCAGCCAAUCAGCAGCCAUGGACGACAUGCCCGAUCUCUCGCAUUUGACCCCCCACGAGCGCAUGCAGAUCGAGAAUGUGCUCAUGCGGCAGAAGCAGGAGGAGGAGGCACAGAACGAGAUAAUGCGUCGCAAACAGGACGAGGUUGUCACUUUGGAAAUGCAAAUCAGACAACGCUCCGAGCAGCAAAAGAAGGCCGGCGUCGAGCUGGAUGCCACCUGUCACAUAUGCCUUAAGACCAAGUUUGCCGAUGGCGUCGGACACAUUUGCCAUUACUGCAACAUACGCUGCUGUGCCCGUUGCGGCGGCAAGGUGACACUUCGCAGCAACAAGGUGAUUUGGGUGUGUAUACUCUGCCGCAAGAAGCAGGAGCUGCUCUCCAAGACGGGCCAAUGGAUCAACAAAACGGGAGCCCAGCAGGACGGUUUUAUCCGCCGCAUCGAGCCCGACGGCAGCAGCGACAUCUCCCAGCAGGCCAUUGUGGAUCCGCGCGACACGACGGACAAGCGGCCCAAGCUGGAGCGUACGCGCAGUGCCGCCGAGAAGGAGAACCUGCCCAUGCAACGGGCUGGCAGCAUGCUACGGAGGCAGUACUCGCAGCAGGAGCAGCCCACGAAUCGCCGUCUGUCCGUCUCGGACAGUGGCAUGGAUCCCAUGAUGAGCCCGGGCCAGCAUCCGCAUCAGCAGCAGCAGCAGCAUCCACAGCAACAGCGAGGCCGCAUGCAGCCAAUGAAUCCGCAGCAGUCGCAGCAGGGAUACGGGGGCUAUGGCAUGCAGCAGCAACAGCAGCAGCAGCAGCAACAGCAGCAGCAGAGAUCGGGUGGUGCCUAUCCAGAGGAUGAUCCGCGUUACUAUCAGGGCGAACUGGAUGGCUUGAUGAAACAACAUCCCCAUCUGGCGCAUCCCAGCCAAGUGCAGCCGCAGCAUUCACAACAGCAGCAGCAACAUCCACAGCAUCAGCAGCAGCAGCAACACCCACAACAUUCGCAGCACCAGCAGCAGCAGCAUCAGCAUCAGCAGCAGCAACAUCCACAACAGCAGCAGCAACAUCCACAGCAGCAACAAUUUGCGGCGCGACAGCAAACGUACCAGGCACAGAUACAUACUCCACCGCAAUCGCACAUGCAACAGGGGCAACAACAGCAGCAGAUCCAUCCCCAUUCCCAGCAGUCGAUGUCCAUGUCCCAGCAGAUAGCUGGUGGCUACCAGAAGGCGCCGCCACUGACCCGAAACCUGACCAUCAGCGGGGGACAUGCCAUGGACAGCAGCUCGUACGGUCAGCAGCAACUUCAGCAGCAGCAGCACCAGCAGCAGCAAAAUCGAAGGCCCCAGUAUGCCUCACAGCAGCAGCGAUCCUUCAGCAGCUCCGAGGAGGAGUUCCAGAAUCAGCUGCUGCAGGCCCAGGCCCAGGCGGCCGGGGCAGGAGCCACUGUCAGUGCGGGCUCCGAUUACGAUGGCGGCCGUCUACAGGUGCGCACCUCAGUGGAUCCCUGGCGCCAGCAGCGGAGCCUCAACGAGCGCGAUCUACUGAGCGUCAGUGCCGGCGGCACAUCCAGUGACUACCGCCUGUUGGCGCACACCAGCCAGCGGCUGUACGCGUCGGCGGACCAGCGGGAUCGCUACGAGCUGCAGCUGCAGCAUCGCGAACGCCUGGAGCAGUAUCCGUUGACCAGAACGGCACGACUGGACGUGCAGCAGCGCAACUCGUUGAAUCGCACCAAUCACGAGCGACAGUUCGGGGCCAGUGGCAGCGGUCCAGCUGUUGGGGUAGCCACUGGUGGUGCUGGCGCCUACCGACGUGCCCCGCCCUUGGCCGCAACCGGUGGCGGUGGCAGCAGCAGCAGUAGCACCAGCAGCAGCUACUAUCCCCCCCACAACCGCAACCACAGCCAGGGCCAGGGCCAGUCCAAGCCACAGAUUGUGAUCGGUUCGGGAGCCUAUGAUCGAGGUGGCAACAUGUCGGCUGACCAGGGCGGCGGCAGCUCGAUGGGCAGCCUGAGCAGGGAGCGUGCCCUGUUGGGAGCCAAAGGCUUAGGCGGUGGCGGUGGCAGCAGCUCCGUGAGUUCCACGGAGGCGGCCUACUGGGAUGAGCCUGCCGGGGGCAGCACCUCCUCCUCAUCGGCGGCACAGGACUCGCGCCGCUUCACCGAGCGCAGAAUAAAGAAGACAGUACGCUUCGAUGCCCACGAGGAUGAGGCCUCCAUCAUGGCCGGAACUGGGAUGAUGGGCAGCGGAUCGCUGCCGCCGGUGACCACGAUCCUGCCAUCGACAGCGGUGGAUGUGGGUUCGGCCACGCUACUGACCAGCGGAAAGAUGGGAAUGGGCCCGGGACAGGGACCACCGCCCAUGGAAGGGGCCAGUGCUGGGGACUGGGCUCGAUGGGAGGCCGAACGACAGGGCAGCCAGGACUCGGCCACGAAGGACUCGGGCAUCGAUACGAGCAGCACCUUCACCAGCAGCGAGGACUCGAACCGCGGCGACGGCCCCAAGAAUCCGGUGAAUUGGCAAACAUCCGCGGAUAAUACUCGCUUGAUUGGGCACAUGAUAUUACGUAAAUACUAUGAUGGGGAAGAUAUAUUAGGCUUAAAGGUCAACGGCGGCCAGCCCAUCGGAGGAGUAGGAAGAGGAAUAGGAGGUGGACCAUUGGGAGUAGGAGUAGGAGGAGGUCCAUGCGGUGCUAUUGUGGAGAAGGUGAAACGCGGAUCGGUGGCCGAUCUAGAAGGCCGUAUACGACCAGGCGACGAGAUCAUCGAGUGGAAUGGCCGGAAUCUGCACAACAAGAGCGCAGAUGAGGUCUACGACAUUAUCGACGAGAGCCGCCUGGAUGCCCAGGUGGAACUGAUUGUCAGUCGUCCGAUCAGUGGUAGUGGCGGCAGCAGCCAGAACGUCAGUCCCAGCAGUGCCUGCUCCACCAACACCAACAGCAGCAGCCUUCCGCCGCGCCGCUCUACGGCCAAUUUCCCGCACAGCGGCCUGGCCACUAGCAUGGCUGGCAGUGCGGUGGUCAGCAGCGGCGGACGAUAUCUACAGCGCAAAGCCCCAGCGGUUGAGGCCAUUGAAAUCCAUCGUGAUAAGCCCAGUGUUUUGAUAACCUCACCCGGUUCGCCGGAUAUCCACGUAACAGCUGCAUCGGGAGCGGGCAACGGGGCACGGAGUCAACGUGGCGGCGCCUCGCAGCAUAUACAGCGCCUGGGACCAAGCCACAGCACUCACAGCCACAGCAGCAGUGGGAGUGGCAGCGUCAGCGGCAGCAGCACCACCAGCAGCGUCCACGCAGCGUCCGGCAGUCUUCAGGGCGCCUCCGUUCCCGCCGCCGCGUCGACGAAUUCUUCCUCCGCCCCGGGCGGAGGUCUGCACGGCACAACGACGGCGGGCCACCAUCACCACCAUCAUUGCCACCAGCCAUUGCCGUCCGUACAUUUGCAUGGCACCCACGGGGGCCUGGGGAUGGGCAGUGGGGCGGGAACGACGACGCAACCGAUACCGAUCGAGGGGCGGCUGCAGCUGAAGCUCGGCUACGAUCAGAACACACUCCAGCUGAUCGUGACAUUGGUGUGUGCCACAGGCCUGUCCCUGCGCCAGAGCGGAGCAGGCCGCAAUCCCUAUGCAAAAGUGUUCCUUCUGCCCGAUCGAAGCCACAAGUCCAAGCGUCGGACAAAGACAGUGGGCACCACCUGCGAACCGCGCUGGGCGCAGACCUUUCUCUAUUCGGGUCUGCGACGCUGUGAUCUUAAUGGACGGCUGCUUGAGGUGACGCUGUGGGACUAUGUGCGCUAUGGGGCCAACGAUUUCAUCGGCGAGGUGGUCAUCGAUCUGGCCCAUCACAUACUGGACGACGAGGCCGAAUGGUAUCAACUGCAGCCGCAUCAGGACACCUCCUAUCUCUUACGUGACGAGGGCAGCGAUGUGGACGGCCUGAUACUGACACCGACAGAUCAUUUAUCACCGCCGAGCACCAUGUCGCGUCUGAGCGACUCGGACACGACGUCCGACUGUGACAUCGAUGGAAUGACGCCGGUGGCCAGCAUCUCCUCGAUGGGAAGCUCGGCCAGUCCGCCGCCCAUGUUAGAGCUCGAUCUAAACGAGCGUCGAUCCAGACGCGACAUGUCACCGCAGGGCCGCAAACGGGUGGCCGGAAUGGUGGCCCGUGAUUAUCGCACUGUAUCUGGCAUUGGACAAAGUUAUCAUAAUCAGGCAUCUGCCACGGGCUAUUAUCGACGCGGCGGCGGCGGCGUUGGAGUCGGCGGAGGUAAUGGUGUCGGCGGUUCCUGCAUUGGACCCGGUGGCAUGAGCCUCAGUCAUCGCAGUCAUUCGGCGGCACCCAACGACAGCUACCACAGCGGAGGCGGCGGCGGAGUGGGAGGAGUUCCCUCGGGUGGUCCAGGCUACGGCUAUAGGAGCACCAGUCCACGCAGAGGCUCACUGUCGCCACCGGACGAUCGGUACAUAGACUAUCCAGUGCUUCCAGUACACGGCUCACCCAACGCGCCCUCUAUCUAUCCGGGUUCGGGUCCGAGUUCGGGCGUUGCAGCCACAUCGGCCACACAGCAGCAGAGAUUCCAGUCGCGCUCGGCUACAGCCACGCCCACAGGAUCGCCAAAGAAGAGGCAACUGCCACAGGUGCCUCAGACAUCGCGUAGCGCCAUGCUGCGGGACAGGCUCGGCCAGGACUUUGACGAGCGUCUGGCCUCGGGCAGCCGCUUUGGGAGGCAUCGUACACGACAGCCGCAUCACCAGGCCACCUACCGGAGCACCGGAAUGGGCGGCUGGGAGCGCCACUACACAGGGCUGUCUGACAGCGACCUGCACUCGAUGGACGCGAGGAUGCGGCCGCGGCACUCGCUGUCGCCGGACAAGGACUUUAUGGGCGAGUUCGGUGACUCCGAUAUGGAGUCGGUGGUCAGUGUGACGUCCAGCGCCUUCUCCACGCAGUCGGAGCGGCCGCGCACCUCGCGGGGACUCAGCUUCCCCCGCAACUGGCGCAAUCUCUUUGGCGUACGCAACAGCUUCUUGGGAGGUGCCACAGGCACUGGUGGCCCCGUAACUGGACUCCGGAUGAUGCAUCCCUUGGAUGCAGCCAGCCAACGUGCCAACACCAUCGAGGUGGACGACUGCGACUAUCUGUCGCACAUGGCAGGUGGCGGCACACAACAGCAGCUCCUGCUGCUGGAGCAGCUCGAGCAACUGCAACAUUUGGCGGCCAUGGCGGCCGCCGAUUCCCCACCCAUUUCGGCGGGACUCGGCCACGGAGUUGGAAUGGGAUGCGGGAUGGGGAUGGGAGCACCGCAACGUGUCCUGGUGACGGACGCGAAUAGCGGCGAACUGGUGGAGCAGUUCUUUGUGGAGCCUGCGACAGCCGCUGAGGAGUCAUCGGUCAUCGAUCCGCUCGAUCCACUCGAACCACUCGAUCCUCAUGUGCAUCUGCAUCCGCAUUCUGUCUACUAUUCGCCUCAUUUGUCCACCAACCACCCGUCAUUUCUGACGCCCAACGACAUGUUUCAACGACGGCCCAACGGACAGACACCAACCGCCUCCCCCUCCGCCACAGCCUUUGCUCAUGCCUAUCCGCUGCCGCUGCCGCUGCCCAGCUUUGAGCAAUUCAAGCGCAUUACCACGCCCGUCAUGAAUCUCUUCCGCAGCUCCUCGCCCAUUCCCAAUGUCCACGCCCACGCCCAUGACCACGCCCACACGGUAUCCUCCUCGCCCAGCUCGUACGUGGGCUAUGUGCGGGACCAUCUGGACAAGAGCUGCAGCCACUGCCAGAACGGCAGCCAGCCGGUGGUGCUCUCCACGAAUACGGCCCUGGCAAUGCCCGGACUGACAAUCGGAGCCUGUACGGAUCCUUGCUGCCUGGUGGACGCGCAUCCGCAUCCGCAGCACCAACCGAUCGCGUACCCGUACAGUGCGGAGCAACUGCUUCGCCGCCCCUCGCUCUCCGCCUCCAUGUACCAGCCGAGCAGCUCGGAGCCCUCGCUGCCCACCAUGGACCCGGCAAUGUGCGGCGAGUGCGUCGACCAGCACUUCCUGGGCGGCCUCACCGGCCCCCAGGUGAACCUCGGCGCCGUGCCCACCUAUCACGUGCACACGCCCACCCCGACCGCCCAUCGGCGGGCCAAGGCGCAGCUGGCGGCGCCUCCGUCGCUGCCCACCCAGUCCGUGCUGCGUCUGUCGCGCCAGCUGAGCGAGGACGCCCUGGUCUCCUCCAUGCCCAUCUCUGAGUCGACGGCCAAGGCACAGCCCACCUCGAUCCUGAAAAAGCCUAAGCUCGAGCGCCGGCGCAUGUUCCACGAGGGCCAGUCGCGGUCCCUGGACUACGACGACCUGCACAACAAGAGCUGGGGUCGCCGGCGCAUUCGCUACGAGGAUGAGGUGGCCCAACACGAGGCGGCCGCCUAUCCCUAUCCCCAUUCCUACCCCUAUCCCCAUUCCUCGUCGUCGCCGGCGGAGGGACAGCUGCCCAUGUCGCGGCGCUACGGGUCCGAGACGAACAUCCGGCAGUCGUACAUGGGCGCCAAUGUGGAUGUCCACAAUCCGCUGAGUCACUCGCAUUUCCUCGUCACCGACGACAAGAUCGUGACCAUCACCUACGACUCGGACGUGGGCUGGACCCGGCGCGGCGUUGCCCCAUCACUCUUUCGCGGGCCGCACCGGCAGCAGAGAGGAGCCAUGUCGCUGGAUCUGCAGCGGACCAAUCAGCAGAAGCUCUACGGCCCGGCAGCGCCGUAUCUGAAGCGUCGGCGGAAUUUGCCACAUCCGCCUAGUGCACAGAAUGCGCACAACUUCUCGCCCAUGGAGGCACGGGACGGUGGAUCGACGGGGAUGGACUAUACACUGCCGCAGCAUGGUGGCGAGCAGCGGGGCAGCGGUAACAUCGGAAUCGGAGUCGGAAACGGUAGCGGGGGCGGGGGCGGUGGUCCACACAACACCAACAAUAUUAACAGUUACAGUAACAGUACCACACUCAACCAAUCACACCACCAGAAUCACACCACAAUCACCAACCACCACAAUAGCCAACAACAACAAGCGAGUAGUGUUAGUGUUAGUCAAAGUCACAACAAAAAAGGGAAAGAAGGCAUCAACGCUAUCGGCGGAACGAUGGCAUCAUCGGAGCAACAGACGAAAUCUAGUAGUGGGAGCGGUGGUGCAACAUCUGCUGCCGCCGCUGCUGGCAAUGUCGUCCUCGGUGGUAAUAAUGCUAAUAAUGCUUCUUCUUCCUCUUUUGCAAAUCCCCCACAACAACAUCAUGGUGUCGCCAAUCAACCAAUUACAACAAAUGCAUCACCCAACACCAACACCAAUACGAACACCAACAUUAACAACUAUAACAAUUACAUGAACAAUAACAACAACAACAACAACCGUGCCCAAUCAUCAUCAACAACACCACACCAACAACAACAAAACACCAAUUCAACAACACCAAUGAACACAACAACGAAUGACGUUAACAACUUGACUCAUGACGCAACAAAUCCCACACAACAACAACAACAAAAUACAUGCACAAAUCUCAUCAACAAUACAACAACAACAAUCACAACUUCAACAACAACAACAAACACAUCGUCGAAUGCAACGAAUGCGGCGACAACAACGACGACAACGACAACAACUUCAACAACAACAACUGCAACAAAUGCUACAACAACUGCCACAAAUCCAACAACGAAUACAAAUACAAAUAAUACGAACGAUACAAACGCAACAACAACGAACGCAAAUGCCGAUGCGGAUGCGGACGCGGAUGCUCCGCUCGAUGCCAUCGACUGGGAUGCUAUCGAUGCCAUGUUGGAUGACGACUUCAGCGAGUACGACAAGGACAAGAACGGUCCUGAGGGCGGUGCCAAAUCCACAGAAGGUGGCACCGGGGGAGAAGAUAAAGCUGAUGGAAGCCAAUCGGAUACCGCUAAUGAUCGGAAGAAAGGCGGCACCGUGGACCAGGAACGCUCGCCAAAGGGCGGCAGCGGUAUGGGCAAGAAAUCCAAUUCCACCUCCCAGCUGUCCGCAACAGAACAAGAGCAGUAUCAGGCACAGUAUUCAGGCAGCUCGACUAGCUCCGCUAGUCACCACCAUCAUAUCACACUACCACCACCACAUCCAUAUUACCAACGGCAGUCGCGCGGCUCGGCGGGCAGCAUCCAGCGAUCGGUGGAGGUGCCGCCGGUGCUAUCGGUGACCCGUUACAGUGCCGGCAGUAUACACUCGAUCUCUAGCUCCGAGGGUUCAUCAUUCUCUCCCUCGUUGCGCAAUGAUGGAGCCCUCAAUGAGUUUGUCGAGGGCCUGGGACCAGGACAACUGGUGGGUCGCCAGGUGCUUGGUGCUCCCUCACUGGGCGACAUCCAGCUAUCGAUGUGCCAUCAGAAGGGCUUUCUAGAGGUGGAGGUCAUUCGAGCCAGAGGGUUGACGCAAAAACCCUCAUCGAAGAUGCUGCCCGCUCCAUAUGUGAAGGUGUAUCUGGUGUCGGGAAAGAACUGCGUGGACAAGAUGAAGACUUCGACGGCGCGUCGCACCCUGGACCCGCUCUACCAGCAGCAGUUGGUGUUCAAGCACUCCUACGCUGGUUGCAUACUCCAGAUAACCGUUUGGGGCGACUACGGGCGCAUCGAGAAGAAAGUGUUUAUGGGCGUCGCUCAGAUAAUGCUCGACGAUCUGAAUCUGUCAAAUAUCGUGAUCGGCUGGUAUAAGCUCUUUGGCACCACCUCACUGGUCAGUUGCUCUUCUAUAGGUUUAGGCUCUAGGCGCUCAUCGUUAGCAUCACUCGAUUCACUCAAACUCUAGGAUUUAGCGAUACAUCUGCGAACUAAAUUCGAAACGUACAAAUACAAAUUGAAACUUAGCUAGAACUGUCACUAGCAAGUGGCUAAAAAACACUUGCACUAUCUAUAUAUUUAUGUAUAAACCCAGACACACACACAAUCACACAAUAUAUAUAAUUAAAAUAUACAUUUGCAUACGUAUGUCUCGACAUUUAGUUCCGUAUUGACCGUAAUGUGCAAACCAAGUAAAAGAAUUGACCAUUAACCAACCAGCAACUAAAAGUAAACAAUUUGUAGAGUAGUUAAUCACAAAACAAACACCUGUCAAAUCAGCAGACCAAACUAUCAACCGAUUACCGAUUGGUUCGAUACGCUUAACAAAGCGACCAAAAACAAACAAAAAAAAAAACAAAAACCUAAAAUAAUAUUGAUAAAAUAGUGAACAUCUCAAAUGCAUUUGUUUUUAGCUAGAAUUAUUUACAUAUAUAAUAGUGACACAGACACACGCACUCCUGUAAAUGAAACGCUUGUUAUAUUCACACACACAGACACCGAAACACCCACAACCACCACAACCAUGAGGCCAACAACCACCAAAACAACAACAACAACAACAGCUAUUGACAUUGUAUGAUGAAAAGUCAAAUGAACCACAAAAAGGUUGAUCGUAAUCGCAACCAAAUCAAAAUCGAAAACAAAAAUGAAUAUAUAUCCUCUCUCGCUAAGUCACCAUAAAUCUACCGUUACUACAACGUAGCUUUCACAUAGACUCGUUCAAUACUCAUAUAGGGUCGUCCGAUUGUUUGGGCCGGUGAAUCAGUUAUAAUGGAGGAGCCGGGUGAAUAACACUUUCCAACACUAACAACACCACAACCAACAACAACAACAAGAAAAAUAACAACAACAACUACAACAACCACUACAACGAAAACACUUUAAGCACCCAAGCACAAUUCCAAUUCAAAGCGAACUCAAAACUGAACUGAAUUCAUAACCCUUGCAGAGAGCUGCCAGCCAGGCAGCCAAAUAGCAAAGGACCAAGGUCAGCCUGCAGCAGCAUCAGCAGCAGCAGCAGCAGCGGAAGCGGAAGCAACGUGGCAUCCGCCGGCCUGUGAUCCCCAUUCGGCAUGUUGCUGGCCUAAGCUAAGUCCAGAUCCGUAAUUUUUUCUAUUCUACAACCGAAAGGAGAGGAAGAUUUCCAGCAACAAAAAGUAAUGAAAAUGAAAAAAAUUAACAAAAAUGAAAAAAGAGAGAAAAUAUCUAAUUUUUGUAAGUCAUGAAAACAAAUGCAUUUAACGAACCGAGAGAACCGAGAACACAAGAGCAGAGCAGUAAACAGAUUAAACGUAACUAUGGAAAACAGAUACAAGAUAGAUAUAUAUAUAUACGAGUACAUACAAUACAUAUACACAUAUAUAAUGGAUAACAUUUGACAAAAGGAUACUUGUAAAUUAUGCAUAUUUAAAUUAAUUUUUACUACACACCUAAGAUCACUAUUAUUUUCGUAAUACGAUUACUACGAUUAUUAUUACUAAAAACUAUUAUCGAUAAACGAGAUAAAAGAGGAAGAAGGAGAAAAAAAAACCAAUAACCGAAAACCAAAGAAAGAAAGUACAUCUAAGGAAAGGAGAAAGUUCAAGUGCUGACAGUCUUGCCUAAGCCAACGCCUAAGCUUGAGCAGCGUGCGGAAAGGGGAUAUAAAAUGUUUAAUAAUAUAAUUAGCUAAAUCUAAAUCGAAAAUCUGUACAUGAAUGUUAUAGAUUUUCAGAUGAUGCGAUGGCAGUUAUUUAAGUAUAUAUACAUAUAUAAAUUAAUAUAAAUCUAUAUAUAAAUAUAUUUACAGUCUAAGCAAGCAAAGAACCACUAACACUUAAAUAAGCCUAACUUACGAUUAAACCUAAACUUAAAGUUAAUGUUUAGGUUUAAGGUUUGGGUAACUACAAAACGGGAGAUUAUUUCUAGAGAUAUAUGAGAUAUGUACGUAUUAAUCGAACAACAACCACAACAAAUAUUUACCAAGCGCGAGAUGAGCAAGUUUAACUUAAUACAAAUUCUCAACUUAAGCUGUAAAUAGGAUCACACACACACACACACUUACACACCACAGCCGGACUAUCGAUUGUCGUCGUCUACCGAUUACCAGAUCUUAGGCUUUAUACAAAUUUGUUUUGCUCUGCGCUCCGUCAAAAACUCCACAGCAACCCCAAAAUGUGCGAGUUUUUGCCGGCUAGCGAUGGGCACAGUAUACAGCUACAGCUACAGCUACAGCGACAGCUAUGUAUCAUAUAAUUUAAACUAGAGCAAUGAGAACACACACUCUAUCUCUCUCUAUCUCUCUAUAUAUAUAGACACAUACUAUAUACUACGUAUAACGCGAUUUUGUUGUAGCUAACCCGCGCUUCACAUUCUCACGCUUCUAGAGAAUCGCUAUAGAAUCCGUUUGCGCCGUUUGCUCGGUUCCAAUCAACUUGCCUCGAAAAACAAACGCAUCAAGUACCUUCAAGUUAAUAGUGUGAGCUGUAAAAAUCGUUACCUGCUUGCCAAAGACACAUACAUUACAUUAAAACACACAUAGCGUCGUAACACAUUAGCAUAAAUGGAAAAAUAGGAAAACUGUAAGGAGGAGGAAAACCAAAGAUAGUUUGCAAAUGACAUUACAUUUUAGUUUGAGAGACAUUCUAUGUGCGUUCUUUUAGGCAACAUUUUGCAAUGCAUUCCCGAAGGGAGGAGGACUCCCCAAUUGGUUCACUUUAAGGAAACAUAUCACAGGCCUGGGACAGACAGUCGGACAGACAGAUACAGUGAUGGAUGGGGGCAGUUAACUUUUAUAAAUAGUAUACUCGUAUUAGGACUAUAGGCCAAUGAAAUAUGUACAUUCAGAUAUAUACGAGAAACGUAGCUAUUGUUCCUAUCCAGUUAUUUAAUGUUAGUUCAUUUUGCUUUCACUCAUGGCUACGGAUAUUGAUUUGAACCUUUCCGUCCAUUCAUUCAGCUUUCAACACACAACAACGCAAGAUAAAGUUAAAUAUAUAUUGACAGGUGCAUAUCCAUCCAAGCUGCAGCUUCCUAUAUCAGAACUACGACCACUACAGAGAUACGUAAAGAAUUGCCAAAUCACGACAGGCAGAAUGCAUUCAAAAUGUUGCCACAAGAAAAACACAACAACAAGAACACACAUUAGAAGAAAAGUCAGGAUAUGAGGAUGAAGAAAAGGCGCUUCAAAUAUUUGAGAAAAGAAAAAACUACCAGCGAGGUUUCCAGCAACUAAUUAUACGAUAUAUAAAUCAGAGAUACAUACAACAUAAAAGCAUUCAGACAUUAUAGAUAGUUAAUCCGAUUUGUACACUCCACUCCGAUAGCCACGAACUUCAUACGAACUUUUCUAUGAUAAAACUCUCUCUAUCUCUAUCUCUAUCUUUGUAUUGUUUCCACUGCUCUCCUUCAGCAAACAUUCGAAAAUGCUUUAAUUAAUCAGCAAACCAGCAAAGAAUAUGGACAGGAUGUGAAACAAACGGCGGCCUGGGCCGAAGUUGAAGUGCUCUUUCCGUUUACAUACCAUUGGAAUGGAAUUACUUGACGCCUCCUGCGAAUAGAGUACAGUUUCGGAAAGGGCAUUUCCUCCGUUGAGACAUAGAAGAUGAUUCUUAUUAGAAUUCCUCUAGAAUUCGUUACAUUUAAGUCACACAAAUGACAAAGCAUAUAGAAAAUGUUACAGAAGCAAAUGAUAUAUUACGGCAAGUUAUUUCAAGGGCAGCCGAAAACCAAGAAACAAAAACAAAAAACAAAACAAAAAUGCUAUCUACACAACAACCACAAGAACAACAGAAGAAUAUAUCAUUUAUUGCGAAUGUUGAACACAAAAUUGAUUAAGAGGCAGGGGCCAGCGCUCGCUGGGUGCUCUGGAUACCUUGUAUUGUAUUUUAAUAUCUCGACAACAAUCGAAGGUCGAGAAACGACAAUAAACUGUGAAAAGAAUAUGUAAAAAACAAAAACAAAACCAAAAGCAAAACAAAAAC